GUCAAGUCACAUCACAGCUGUCGUUCCUGAGUCAAGCCAUGUUGUUCCUGAGUCAAGUCACAUUACAUCGGCUGUUCAUACUAGGUCAAGUCAAGUUACAGCCGUGUCUCCUGAGCCAAGUCAAGCUACGACUGUUGUUCCAGAGUCAAGUCAAGCUAAAGCUGUAGCUUCCAAGUCCAGUCAAGCUUCCAAGUCCAGUCAAGCUUCCAAGUCCAGCAACGUCAAGGCGGUCGUUCUUGCGUCAAGCAAAGUCACAGCCAUGGUUCCUGAGUCAAGCAAGGUCACAGCCGUGGUUCCUGAGUCAAGCAAGGUCACAACCGUGGUUCCUGAUUCAAGUAAAGUCAUUGAUCUUCACAAGCCAGUUCAAGUCACCGCUGUUCUUCACGUGUCAGAUCAAGUCACUGCUGAUCUCCAUGAGCCAAGUCAAAUCAUCGAUGAUCUUCAAGAGUCAAGUCAGUUCACUACUGGUCUUCACAAGCCAGGCCAAGCCACAACCAAUCUCCACGAACCAAGUCAAACCACAGCUGAUCUUCAUGAGCCAAGUGAAGUUAUUGCCACUGUUCCAGAGCCAAGUCAUGUCUCAUCUGACUGCCCAGAGUCAAGUCACGUCUCGUCUGACCGCCCAGAGUCAGGUCACGUCCCGCCUGACGGCCCAGAGUCAAGUCACGUCCCGCCUGACGGCCCAGAGUCAAGUCACGUCCCGCCUGACGGCCCAGAGUCAAGUCACGUCCCGCCUGACGGCCCAGAGUCAAGUCACGACUCGUCUGACCGCCCAGAAUCAAGUCACGUCUCGUCUGACCACCCAGAGUCAAGUCACAUCAUGUCUGCCAGUGUGAUGGCGAUCACUAUUCUCAGUAUGUGGGCCGCACACUACACUCCAAAGGUCAUGUCUGUUCACAGGUCCGCCCCGGAGGUCACGUCUGUUCACAGGUCUUCCCCGGAGGUCACGUCUGUUCACAAGUCCGCCCCGGAGGUCAUGUCUGUUCACAAGUCCGCCCCGGAGAUCAUGUCUGUUCACAAGUCUGCUCCAGAGGUCCCGUCUGGUCUCAAGUCUGCUCCAGAGGUCCCGGCUGGUCUCAAGUCUGCUCCAGAGCUCCUGUCUGGUCUCAAGUCUGCUCCAGAGCUCCCGUCAGGUCUCAAGUCUGCCCCAGAGGUCCCGUCUGGUUUCAAGUCUGCUCCAGAGGCCCUGUCUGACCACGAGUCAGCUCCAGAGGCCUUCCCUGUCAGAGAAGCCACGCCAAUGCCUUCUGAGGUGUCAGCUUUGGCUGUAGAUUCUCCUAGGGAGGCGGCGUUCAUCCUCAAACACUCUGCUUCUCCCCUUAUUCUGUCUGCCUCCUCUGUCCCUGUUCUCCCCAGGUCACAGUCUAUUACACGGGUUCCUGCUCUGCCGUGGCGGCCUCCUGCUGCGCCUCCUGCUCUGCCU